AUGUUGGCUAUAUUUCACGAGGCGUUUGCUCAUCCGCCGGAGGAGCUCCACAGUCCGGCAUCUGUGAAAUGCUCUAAACAGCCGAAACUUCCAGAGGAAACCCUAAACGAUUUCUUAUCUCGUUACCCUCACAACACUUUCUCCAUGUCUUUCGGCAAAGCAGCUGUUCUUGCUUACGUUCGUCCCUCUGCUUCCUUCUCUAUCCACCAGAGGUUGUUUUGUGGAUUUGAUGACAUCUAUUGUCUAUUCUUUGGGAGCUUGAACAAUCUGUGUCAGCUAAACAAGCAAUACGGUCUCACCAAGACAACAAACGAGGCCAUGUUUGUGAUUGAAGCUUAUAGGACUCUUAGGGACAGAGGUCCUUAUCCAGCUGAUCAGGUCGUCAAGGAUUUGGACGGAAGCUUUUCCUUUGUCGUUUAUGAUAGCAAAGCCGGUUCUGUCUUCACGGCUCUGGGAUCUGAUGGAGGAGUCAAGCUCUUUUGGGGCAUAGCUGCUGAUGGAUCUGUCGUGAUAUCUGAUGAUUUGGAUGUUAUCAAAGAAGGCUGUGCUAAAUCUUUUGCUCCAUUUCCUACAGGAUGUAUGUUCCACAGUGAAGGAGGGCUAAUGAGCUUCGAGCAUCCGAUGAACAAGAUCAAGGCUAUGCCGAGAAUUGACAGCGAAGGAGUUCUCUGUGGAGCCAACUUCAAGGUGGAUGUGUACUCGCGUGUUAACAGUAUCCCUCGUCGAGGAAGUGAAGCCAAUUGGUCUCUCUGA